AUGAAAGGAAGAUGUCGUAGAGAUAUGACCCAGUUGAAGCAACGAUGGUUUAGGAUUAUGCCAUUUGUAAACAAGUUUGUAGGUUGCUAUGCUCGCACUAAUCAACUCAACCUAAGUGGUAUGACCGAGGCCGAUCUCACCACUGAGGCACUUAAGCUUUAUGAGAACGAAAAUGGAAAAAAGAAGUUCCAAUAUUUACAUUGGUGGAAUGCAUUGAAGAAUCAAGAAAAGUGGAUUCAAUAUAGUGAAGAUAUGGCAAAUAAAGCUCGCCCAACUAGACAAGUCUCACCAAGUACACCAAAUGAAGUUGUACCAACUGAAGUUCGUCCAUCGGGAAGAAGGGCUACAAAAGGGAAAGGUAAGUUACAAGUGUUUCAACCUAGCCCUAUAGUUAAAGAAUUAGCUAAUGACUUGAAGCAAAUGAAGAUGAAAAAAUUGGAUCUUUUAGAGACCAUUGCAAACUUAAAGAAGAUGGAGGCUGAAAAUGAGCAAAGGAAGCUUGAUUAUGAAGUAUUGUUGAAGGAUACAAGUGGGUUUUCUAGUGAGAAAAAGCUCCACCAUGGGAGAUUUCGCAUGACAAAACAUGUAUUUUUACGCAUUGUUAUCUCUCUUGAAAAUCAUGAUCCUUUCUUCCAGCUGAAACGUGAUGCAACUGGUCGAGUCGGGUUAUCACCACUUCAAAAAUGUACAUCAGCCAUUCGUAUGUUGGCUUAUGGAGUUGCUGCUGAUGAGUUAGAUGAGUACUUCAAAAUUGCAGAGUCAACAACCAUGGAGUGCUUAAUGAGGUUCGUCACUGGAGUGAAUGAGUUAUUUGAGGAAGAAUACUUGAGGAAACCCAACUCCAAUGAUAUUCGCUACCUUCGACAAAUCGGUGAAACAAGAGGUUUCUCGGGAAUGCUAGGGAGCAUAGAUUGUAUGCAUUGGGAGUGGACGAAUAGUCCCACUGAAUGA